GCACACUCUCAGAGCGGCGCGAGGAGCGGCGGAUGGAGACGGACCUGGACCUGGACCGGGACCGGGACCAUGGCGCGGGACGGAACCAGCAGCGCGUGCACGAGGGAGCGCGCGCGGCCGCUGACAGUGACGGUAACGGCCGCGAGCCUGGGUUUGAGCGCGCUCUCGUUCCUGCUGCUCGUGCUCGCCAUCAGCACCGACCACUGGCACGAGACGGACACGCGCGCGCACAAGCGCAACUGUGACCGCGCAGGCGCGGACUCCACGGAUCAAAAGAACCGCGACGAGCCCAUCUUCCACCUGCCGCUCGUGGACGCGCCGCGCGGCUCCGUGCUCAGGCCCGUGCACGUGGGCAGCCGCGAGGACGAGCUUCUGGAAAACUGGCGCGCGAUCCUCGGGAUGGGCAUCCUCGAGACCGAGUGCGGGCGCCCGCUCUUCUCCACGCACGCGGGCCUCUGGCGCAAGUGUUACUUUAUGGGAAAAGACCCGGAUAUAGACAAGCUCAUCGUCAAAGGAAUAGCUGAAAGGUGCACUCCGGUGAAGUAUCACUUUUCGCAGCCGAUCCGUCUCCGGAACAUUCCCCUGAACCUGACCCGGACCAUCCAACAGGACGAGUGGCACCUGCUGCACUUGAGGAGGAUGACCGCUGGGUUUCUGGGGAUGUCUGCGGCUGUGCUUUUGUGUGGUGCUGUCGUCUCCAGCCCCGUCGGUCUCUUCUGUUCGAUCUCUCUGGUGACCUACACGUCGUCGGUGACCUAUGACCUUUCGCGCACGCCGCCGUUCAUCUACGGUUUGCCGUCGGACGUGGAGCAGGGCUUCGGCUGGUCGCUGUUCUGCGCCGGCCUCAGUCUCGCCCUGACGGUCGCUGCCGGAGCCGUCGCCAUGGUGACGCCCUGUCUGCGUCGCCGCGGCAACAAGGCCCAGCGCCAGGACUCCGUCUGAACCAAUCACGGCCCGGGACUCCUCCCCCUACGCCGGACUCACAGGGUCUCACUUUUACAGGGUUUCAGAGGAUCAUAACCGGUUUUACAGGGGUCUGGACGGGUCUAGAGGAGGAUCGUAACUGGUUCAGAGGAGGAUCUGAAGACUAUUUCUUCUGAACAGUAUUAAGCUCAAACAAUCUUCACUUCAAGGCUCUGAAAGACCUGGGACCAGGACUGGACCUGCUUUAGACCUGGUUUAGUCCUGGUUUAGUCCUGGUUUAGUUCUGGUUUAGACCUGGUUUAGACCUGGUUUAGUCCUGGUUUAGACCUGGUUUAGACCUGGUUUAGUCCUGGUUUAGUUCUGGUUUAGACCUGGUUUAGACCUGGUUUAGUCCUGGUUUAGUCCUGGUUUAGACCUGGUUUAGACCUGGUUUAGUCCUGGUUUAGUCCUGGUUUAGACCUGGUUUAGUCCUGGUUUAGUUCUGGUUUAGACCUGGUUUAGACCUGGUUUAGUCCUGGUUUAGUUCUGGUUUAGACCUGGUUUAGACCUGGUUUAGUCCUGGUUUAGUUCUGGUUUAGACCUGGUUUAGUCCUGGUUUAGUUCUGGUUUAGACCUGGUUUAGACCUGGUUUAGUCCUGGUUUAGUUCUGGUUUAGACCUGGUUUAGUCCUGGUUUAGUUCUGGUUUAGACCUGGUUUAGUCCUGGUUUAGGUCCAGUUCAGAGUCUCAGCAUUUUGUAAUAAAACUCAGGCUUUUUAAAAUAAAAAAUAAAAAAAUAGCAGAAUUUAAGAUUGAAUCAAAAACAGGGUGAGGAGGUAGGAGACAGGGUGAGGAGGUAGGAGGCAGGGUGAGGAGGUAGGAGGCAGGGUGAGGAGGCAGGGUGAGGAGGUAGGAGACAGGGUGAGGAGGUAGGAGACAGGGUGAGGAGGUAGGAGGCAGGGUGAGGAGGUAGGAGACAGGGUGAGGAGGCAGGUGCUGCUGUAAAUAGCUCAGAGUUUUAAUGGAAUCAUGUUAAAUAAAUAAAUUAAUGAAUAAAUCACAUUUAAACUCGUCACGUCUCAAACAAGAAUUUAACCUCAGAGCCUCAAAGACUCGAAAUCAACGUCACCGAAACACCAAAUCCUGCAGCUGUUCACACCCUGCAGCCGUUCACACACCCUGCAGCCAUUCACACCCUGCAGCUGCUCACACCCUGCAGCCGUUCACACACCCUGCAGCCAUUCACACACCCUGCAGCUGCUCACACACCCUGCAGCCGUUCACACCCUGCAGCCGUUCACACACCCUGCAGCUGCUCACACCCUGCAGCCGUUCACACCCUGCAGCCGUUCACACACCCUGCAGCCGUUCACACACCCUGCAGCCGUUCACACACCCUGCAGCUGCUCACACACCCUGCAGCCGUUCACACCCUGCAGCCGUUCACACCCUGCAGCUGC